AUGCCGUGCGAAACGUCUUUGCACCAUACCAGCCGCCUCCGGCUUUACUGCGAAGGCGGUCGAGACAUCGAUGAAGACCUGAAGGCGCAAAUUGCAUUCGGUGAUGAAGGUUUCUACGUUGAAGCUCUUCAAGACCUCCGUAUGAGUGAUGGUGCCUGGCAAGUGAAGGUCAAGUGGCUCGGUCUCGAUGAUCUUGAGUCAUCUUGGGAGCCGGCUCUGUCCAUCUACGAAGACGUUCCAGUACUCUUUCGGCGCUGGGCUAUGAGCCGCCUGGACGAUUACGGUGUGGGCGAAAUGCUUGACGACAUGGAGCGUGCGUUUGGCCACCCGUUGUAG